CAAUCAACGAAUGAGUUUAUUUUUUUUGUAAGAACAUCUAUUUCUAUCUGUUGAAAUCUGAUAAAGUACACACGAAGCAUGAAUUUACAAGAGUUUUGAAACAAAUCUAUAUUUUAGUGUGAAAUAUGACACGUACAAACAUCAUCUAGAAAUGUUACUAAUAUUCCCAAAUGCGAUAACUUUCCACUUGCAUUUAAUUUUGAUUCGUUCUAGGAAAUAGGUACAUUCACUUUGUAUAUUUAACGACUUGGGAUUAUGGCUGCAACGUUUUCUUGCCGUUUGUGUUAAUGUUAUUGUGUUCUCAAAAUGGAGGUUAUUCUAAUUUUGACCAUGGUAACGUUUGGAUUGGCGUAUGACAAAGCUUCAUUUUAUGGGGCGAGCUAUAUUUCAUAUCCACUUCAAGAGGCCAAAGGAAUUACUGACAUUAAUUUUCGAUUUCGAACUCAUCUUUCUGAUGCGCUAUUGCUGCUUGCAGCUGGAAAGACUGACUAUUGUAUGAUACGUCUUGAGAAAGGAAGACUAAAAUUGAACAUAAAUCUUGGUGGAGGAGAAAGUGAACUAUUUUCGCCCAGAGGAACUCUAAAUGACAGCCAAUGGCACCAUGUCAAUAUUAUUCGCCGGGAGGCUAAUCUCACCAUGAAGAUUGAUGACAGUGUUGUAAGGAAGAGAUUUCCUGGAAGAUUUUUUGAAUUAAACAUUCAUUUUGGUAUAUUUCUCGGAGGUCAGGGUGAUUUCUCUGAAUUAUUUUUGGGUCAUAUGGAAAACUUUCGUGGCUGCAUGGAAGAUGUAUAUUACAAUGGGGUAAAAAUUAUAGAGAAGGCUAGAAGCCGCUCUGGGUCUGUACGUGUCGAGGGUGUUACAUGGAAUUGUGCUCCUGAAUUUGAUGCUGAUAUCAACUCAGACAUUAGUUUCAUUGAUGAAGGAGCUUACUUGAUACUACCCAAGAUAAAUUCCAGAGCGGGUGGACGGUGGCAAAUUGAAUUCAAAACAAUUGCUCAAAAUGCCAUAGUUCUGUAUAAUGCUGGUGGCGGUCGUUCCGAUUUUUUGGCUGUUGAAAUUCUGGAAGGUGCAGUAAGAGUCAAAAUGGCACGUGGACAAAUACUUCACACUAUGCGAGUUAACGAUGGACAGUGGCAUAAACUUCAUUUGUUGUUCAACCCUUCACUUAUUGAGUUAUCUGUGGAUAAUAUCGCAAUGAGCACCCGUAUCGAAAGUGGCGGUACGAGGUAUUUAGAUCUAUCCGAUUCUUUCUAUCUUGGAGGUAUUGAAAACGAGAAACGACAGAGAGCAUUCGCUAAAGGAAUCAAAGCUGCUGACUCGAGUAUUAUGGGCUGUAUAAAACCAAUAGAAGUUGAUGAUAAAGUAUUUGGUUUACCCAGUGCAGUAGUAACAUAUGGUGUAAGCCCUAAAUGCGUAUGGUACUAUCCGUGCCAUGCAAACCCAGGGAACCCUCCUUGUGUGGUCCAAGCUGUGUGUGAACAGCAUGGUGUUGAUGAUUUCACUUGUAAAUGUGAUUCAGACCUGUGCAUAAGCCCUGAUUAUGCUGAAAAGUACAAGGUAUUCUCAAAGUCGAGUAGCGAACUUGAACUAGUAGCCCUAUACCCCCUUACUGUUCAAGAAGGCGGCGUGGCAGUUGUUACAACACAAAAUAUCGAUGUGGUAUUAGAUCAUCAUAAGUAUGGGGUCAGACCUUCAGGAGUUGUUUUUUACGUCGCACAGUCACCAAUGCACGGAAGGAUAGCAAUCGACUUAUCGUUACAGAGAAAUUCACCACAGUUUAACUAUGUCGAAACAGACGGCAAGACAAAACAAUUUUUUACACUUUUGGAUUUAUCUAGAGAUAAGGUGCGAUAUGUUCACGACGGCUCCGAAAACCAUCAAGAUGCUAUAGUAUUGGAUAUGGAGUUGACUCAAGAGACAAAAUUCACGUUACCCAGCUAUUUACAGGGCCGGAAUACUUUUGUUCUGCAUGUAAACGUAACGCCAGUCAACGACCCACCAGUUCUCAACUUACUGCCAGGAAAAGUGCUUAGGCUUACUCAGGGUACACGUAAAGUGAUCACUUCUGACAUACUGAAGGCAGAGGAUCCAGACACGCUUACAGAAGACUUAUUGUAUACCGUUUUACACGGAAAAAACGAAGCCAACAGUGGCCACAUCGAGAUGUCAGGACAGCCAGUUGACUCAUUCACGCAACAUGAUAUAGAUGCUGGACUGAUAUCAUAUGUACAUGGCACUAAUGGUGAAAAACAAUUGAACAAAACUUCACUAAGGCUUACUCUGCAGGUAUCUGAUGGCAUAGAGACCAGCGGUCCAGGUAUACUUCGCAUAUCGAUAGUACCGUUACAAGUCAGAUUAGUCAACAAUACCGGCUUGCAACUCGUUCACAAUUCUUAUGCAAUCAUAACAGCUGACAACCUGACUUUCGCUACUAAUGCAGACGAGACCAAUGUGCAAGUCAAAUACGAUAUAGUGAAGCCUCCACAAUUUGGUGUAGUAGAAAGGUUACGAGUACUGGAUGGAACGUGGCAAACUGUCGAUUCAUUUACAAGCGAAAUGGUGGCAUUCGGUGCUGUUAGAUAUAUGCAUUUACUUGGAAAUCCUAAUCAUGAUGAGUUUAAAUUUAAAGCAUCCGUUGGAUCUAUACGAACGAACACAUUAUACGAUUUUCGAUUAACAUUUAUCAAACUCGAACUAUAUCAAUCGAUUAACGAAGAGCUAGUGCUGAACAACACUAGAGAAGCGUUUAUAUCGGCGCAACAUCUACGAUUUAAAACAAAACCGUUAGCCUUAUCGAACGAUCGAAUUGUUUAUACGAUACUCCGACCACCGAAAUACGGCAUUCUUCAUUUGUCAUCCGGAAAACAUCAUUUACAAAUUCACAAUACGUUCACACAGCAAAACAUCGACGCUGAUCAAUUAUGGUAUCGUUUACAUAGACGUGCUUAUUCGCACAUACAAGAUGAGUUUCAUUUCGUCGUCGGGGCCACGGAAUGUGAAAAUAUCACUGGAGUUAUGAUGAUAAGGCACGUACCGAGCUCAAUUUCAUUCGAUCAUUCCCCGAAUCGAGUGCGCACGACUUUAGAAAGACUUCAAGUGUCAGAAGGUUCUAGAAUGGUCAUACCGGCAACGCAUUUGAACUUCAGAACCGACGUAGUAACGAAUUUAAUAUUCAACAUAACUCAUUUACCGAAACACGGAAAGAUUGAAGUUAUAACGGAUAUGCUAAAGAUUCUUAGAGACAACACGACAUAUUUUACUUUAGAAGAAUUGAAUUCCGACAGAGUUUAUUACGCGCACGACAAUUCAGAAAGUCGACACGAUUCAUUCCACUUCAUGGCGUUGAGUCCAGAGCCCGAGGAUUUCCAAUAUGUUGGAGUAUUUCAUAUCGAUAUAAUUCUUAAAAACGACAACAGCCCAGUGCGAGUUAACAACAACACAUUUCACAUCGUACACGGCGGCGCUAGACUUAUUACAGCGCGAGAUUUGAGUUAUACCGAUGCAGAUUUGGACACAAAAUCUUCAGAUAUUGUUUACACUGUGCAGAGGUCACCGAAAGACCCACCCAACGGUGGUAUAUUUAGAGCUGAUAAUCCAUCGGAGCAAAUAGCGACGUUCACUCAAGACGAUAUUAAUAAAAAUUUGGUUUUGUUCAAACAUCAAGGCAAAGAGUACGGGAAGCUUGCAUUUUGGGUGUCGGACGGCAGGUACGAUGUUAACGGUAACCUGGAGAUACAAGCGUCACCACCCUUUAUAAGAAUGUACCCAUCAAACGGAUCUAUCAUGGAGAAUGGGAAGGCUGUGGUCAUCACACCCAACGAUAUGCAGGUGGACACGAAUAUGAAUUGUUUAGAGGAGGACAUUCGUUAUGAGGUAACUUUGGAGCCGAAGCAUGGCUCCAUAGAAGUGGGUGAAGGUCAAGGCGCUUACACUUUCACUCAGUUAGACAUAGCAGCUGGAAGAGUGGCCUACAGACACAGGGAACCCAAGACACCCUCUGAUCAAUUUAGAUUCAAAGUGAUGUGCCUGGACACAUGGGGCGAGGGAAUAUAUACGGUAAAAAUAUUUCCGUCGAGCUAUUGGGAACCGUUGAGGGUGCAAACUAACACACCGCUAUUUGUUGAGGAAUCUACAAGCGUUAAUAUCACCAAAGAUGUCUUGGAAAUUAUGCAUCCACAAAUCGAACCGUCAAACAUAAUUUACAAAGUUACAGAAGGUCCGAAUCAUGGAUGGCUCGAAAUCGCUUCGACUCUUGGAAGCUUAGAACCAGAAAAUCACAACGAGGAACCGAUCCACACCCGAGUGUUCGAUCAAUCGAUUAUAAACUCGAAUCGAUUAGUCUACGUGCAAUCUGGCGUCAAUCGCACUCGCGACCGAAUCAAAAUGGACGUCACGAACGGAAUUGUUUGGUUGCGUGAUAUAGAAAUGUCAAUAGUGAUUAUACCUGAACACUUUUACAUAAUGGCAUCGAAUUUAACUGUAGUUGAAGGUGAAUCGAUCAGCAUGAGGCCGGAAUUAUUCAAAACGAUUACAGAUUAUUAUAGGGGUAAAGUUGUAUCGUAUAAAGUCAUUGAGAAACCAAAGUACGGAAAAAUUAUGAUGGGAGAUCAGGAGUUGAACUUGUUGCCAGUUUUAAAAUUAAAUUCUGGUAAUAUUCAGUAUGUUAACGACGGUUCCGAAGAGUCAUCAGAUGCCGUCAAACUCGUCGCAUUAACUGAAAACAAUAAGGAAAGCGAACCGUUUUAUAUUCGUAUAACUAUAGUGGCCGUGAACGAUGAAACUCCUAUAGUAGCGGCCAAUACGGGGCUCUGUGUUUGGGAGGGAGGCACAUUUACAUUCACCAGGAGUGAGCUUUAUGUCAACGAUAUCGAUACUCCUCUAGAGAAUGUGACGAUACGAGUUGUCGAUAUAGUGUCGGGGUACAUCGCUAUGAAGGAAAAUAUCGAGAGAGCGGUCGAUCACUUCACUCAGGCUGAUAUUGAUAAAGGAAAAGUCAUUUUUGUACACAAAAAUGGAACAAAAGGAAAGAUGAUAUUCAACGUGACUGACGGACUGCACGAACUCUCUAAAAUUACAUUCCUAAUCUCGACAAAAUCGGUUUCAAUAAAGCUCACUAGAAAACAAAAUUUACGAGUAUUCCCCCUGAUGAGGGAACCGCUAACCAACAAUAUACUGAUGUCUAAAUGUUCAGAUCCUUCCAGAAGCAUUUUGUAUAAAAUCGAAAGGGCUCCAACUUUAGGCAGAUUGAUAAUGUUAAACGGGGAGAAUCAUCACAGAUCAAUAAAACAGUUCACUCAACACGAUUUGAACAAUUCUGUUGUGUAUUACGAACACACGCAUCCCUUCUCCGAUUUGUACACAAACGAUUCAUUUAUAUUUACGGUUGAAACAGCACUGGCCAAGCCUCUGACCGAUCAAAUAUUCAAUAUCGAUAUAUCAGUGUCGUCCGGAGGACUGUCUAAAUACGUUUAUAUACCGCAGAUAAAGGUUCAAGAAGGCGAUAAAGUACCGAUCAAAGUGAACGUUUCCAACGUUAUAUCUUAUUUAGAGACACAGGCCGGAUUGCGUCAACCGCAAAUAGAAGCUCAACUGUCGCAGCCUUCGCACGGUGAACUAAAGCCGUUGUGGCUGUCCUUGACUCAGUAUCAGCUAGAAAAUGGUGUUGUGAACUACGAGCACGACGAUUCGGACAGUUUGAAUGAUAAAAUCGAUAUGUCUCUAUACCUAUUGCCGGAUUACGUUUUGCUUUGUAACGUGACCGUACCGAUUCACAUAAUGCCGGUGAACGAUCAGCCUUUUAGAUUAUUGACGGACACACCCCAGAUACAGGUCGUUCAAGGCGAGAAUUAUACGAUAACGAAAAACGAUUUGCUCACCGAAGACGCGGAUACAAGUCCAUCGGGUAUAUUGUACGAUAUCAUUAGCGGCCCGACUCAAGGGAGGAUCGUGAUGAUCGACAGGAACCAGACCGUCGAUGAGGCGCAAUCGAUAAACAAGUUCACUCAAGACGAUAUAAACAGCGGUCGAAUUAUAUACGAGCAUUCCGGUAUAUUACAAACAGCCACGUUUUAUUUCAGAGUGUGGGACGGUCAGUUCAAGCCCACGUACACGGUAUUCACGAUAGACGUUGUACCCGUAAUACUGAACGCUACUUCGCUACAUCCGAUACAUUUGCAACAGGGCUCAAACGUGGCCGCCAUCACUCCCGAACAGAUAUACGUAGAAACGAACGCGAGGAUUUCUAAAGUCUGGUACAACAUCACCCGUCCGCCGAUACACGGUCUGAUAUACGUCAGCAGCAAUCCCGUUACGUAUUUCACUCAUAAAGAAUUGAUCGAGAAAGUCGUUAUUUACAUGCAAAACGACAUGACGACGGCCAAUGAUAGCUUUGAGUUGAUCGCAUGCGUGCAUAACAGUAAUGCAACGCUGCCGUUUGCAAUUGAGGUUGUAGUGCAACCUUUGAUGACGCUGAGUGAUCUGAGGGUAGAAAGCGAAAAAGUUAAGAUCACCCUUAACACAAUGGACGCGAGUAGCCUGGCUAAGCUGACAGUCAGCAAUCCGAUAUACACGUUACUUAAGAAACCUAAAUACGGCACUAUAAAGAAAAUAAUUAGGAGCUCCGGUGAGAAGACCAGUGCAAGGGAACGGGAAAUAGCGUACUUCACGCACGAAGACCUCAAGGCGGGCGUCAUAUAUUUUGUUAUAAAGAAAAAACUAUCGGAUUUGAACGGCUUCGAAGACAGCUUCAGAUUUUUGUUAGCGACCACGUUAUUUCAGCCUGCGGCCGGUGAAGUUAAGAUAAUAAUAGGUAAUAGGCAGAAGAAGAAUUUGCCGGGCCCCAAUGAUCCGGAGAGUCACGAAGGAAUUCCAGUGGCGAAUACUGAAACCGCUUCAUACUACAUGAUGAUAUUAAUGGCGCUUCUUGGUACUGUGCUAGCGAUUGUAGUUAUAUUCGGAUUGAUAAAAUGUCGUCGUAUAUUGGCCCGCGACCAGAACGCCUUAGUGAAGAUACACGGGCAGAGUCAGGGAGCGGUCGCUCCUAUACCGCUGCCGAGGCCUCCUGACCACCUCAUGCCCUCACCGAGUCAAGGAACACCGCCGAUUAAACGUUACGUAUCAUCAGAACAGUCGGUCCAUACUGGUGCCAGUACGCCUUUACCGUCUGGAGGGAGCGUCGCGUGUAAGGUUACACCGUUAGCUGACGCAGGACUACCAGACCUUAAUACUAGAUACCCUUACGGAGCUGAGGAUCACACUGACGCAGAAGACUGGAGCAGCUACGAGGCAAGCGAGUCUGCGUAUCCGAUCCGAGCGCCCGGUGUGGCACCUACGAACCCGAUGCUGAGACGCAACCAAUACUGGGUCUGACCCAAGCAUACCUGCACGCUGCCCGGGCCGCCCAGACCUGCUACUCUAAAAGCGAACGAUGAAAAAUGCGUACCACUGAGCCGCCGGCGACGCGUCGAAUUAGUUCCUACGCCUUUUCUACUAAGCAAUUACACGGUACCGCGUAAACAGAAAACUUGUGAAAUAACGGUUUAAACAAACGACCGGCUGAUAACACCAAUACGUCAUGCCUUAACACCAAAUCUCGAACCACGUUCCAGAAAUAAUUUUAUCCAUUUUAUAUAUUAUACAAUUCAUUAAUUUACCAUGACUAAAUAGGAUCAAUUUUUUUUUAUAUCGAAUAGGAAAUAUCCCUUUAUAUUAAUUAAUA